UCCCAACCAAACCAACAAGAUAGAGAGAGAAAGAAAGAGAGAUAGAGAGAGAGAAACGAAAACCCGAAAACCCUUCUCUGCUUCGUUUCUUCACUUUCUUCUUCUUCUGCUCCAGCCUCGUGUAUACUCCAUGAAACACAACGCGCAUCACUGAAACGACACCGUUUUUUGUUUUCUGGAGUCAGUAAUAUGGCUCAGAAGCCUCAUCUUCAGCUCAAGGAGCUGGGAUCCAAGCUCGACACCCUUCCUUCCUCCAAUGACGCUCUCAUCAAGCUCUUGGAGGAAGCAGCAGUAUGCCUGACUGACAUGGAUCAAUCACCAUCAGAUUCUACGUUAGAGUCAAUGAAGCCCUUUUUUAAUUCAAUUGUUAAACCAGAAUUGCUGAAGCACCAAGAUAGUGAUGUCAAUGUUCUAGUUGCAACAUGUCUUUGUGAGAUAACUCGGAUCACUGCACCUGAGGCUCCUUAUAGUGAUGAUGUUCUAAAGGACAUCUUUCAGUUGAUUGUGGGCACUUUUAGUGGCCUGAGUGAUACAAGUGGUCCGUCCUUUGGCCGGAGAGUUGCUAUAUUGGAGACUCUUGCAAAAUACAGAUCAUGUGUUGUAAUGUUGGAUCUUGAAUGUGAUGAUCUGGUGAAUGAAAUGUUCAGUACUUUCUUUGCAGUGGCCAGAGAUGAUCAUCCCGAAAGUGUUCUGUCAUCCAUGAAAACUAUAAUGGUCGUUCUCUUAGAAGAGAGUGAAGAUGUCCGUGAGGAUCUUUUAUCUAUUUUACUGUCUUCAUUAGGUUGUGAAAAAAGAGAUGUUACUGGGGCCGCGAGGAAGCUUUCCAUGAAUGUCAUACAGCAAUGUGUAGGAAAGCUUGAACCCACCAUUAAACAAUUUUUGCUAUCAUUAAUAUCAGGGGACAGCAAGCCCGUUAACAGUAAAGUUCAAUACCAUGGAGUUAUCUAUGAUCUCUAUUGCUGUGCUCCUCAGAUCCUAACUGGAGUUCUCCCUUAUGUCACAGGAGAGCUACUGACUGACCAGCUGGAAACCCGUUUGAAAGCAGUGAACUUGGUUGGCGAUAUAAUUGCUCUUCCUGGAACUUCCAUUGCUGAAGAAUUUCAGCCUAUAUUUUCAGAGUUUUUAAAUAGGUUGACUGAUAUAGAUUUUGGGGUUCGUAUGUCUGUCCUUGAGCAUGUAAAGAGCUCUCUGCUGUCAAAUCCUUUUAGGGCUGAAGCUCCUCAAAUAUUCUCUGCCCUUUGUGACCAGUUGCUGGAUUUUGAUGAAAAUGUUCGAAAGCAAGUUGUGGCUGUAAUCUGUGAUGUGGCAUGUCAUGCCGUAAAUGCAGUUCCUCUUGAAUCUUUGAAACUUGUUGCAGAACGGCUUCGUGACAAAUCUCUACCUGUUAAAAAGUAUACCAUGGAGAGAUUGGCUGAGAUAUAUAGAGUUUUUUGUGAGAAUAGCUCCGACACAGUCAAUUCCAGUGAGUUUGACUGGAUUCCAGGGAAGAUCCUUAAAUGUUUCUAUGACAAAGAUUUCAGUUCAGAUAUAAUCGAAUCUAUUCUAUGUGGGUCCCUAUUUCCAUCAGAGUUUUCAAUCAAUGAUAUAGUUAAACAUUGGGUUGAGAUUUUCUCUAGAUUUGAUAAAGUAGAGGUCAAGGCUCUUGAAAAGAUACUGGAGCAAAAACAAAGGUUACAGGAAGAGAUGCAGAAGUAUCUGGCUCUGAGGCAGACUACUCAGGAUAAAGACAUUCCUGAGGUCCAAAAAAAGAUUGUGUUCUGUUUCCGAGUAAUGUCUCGUUCAUUUGCUGACCCAACAAAGGCUGAAGAGAAUUUCCAGAUUCUUGAUCAAUUAAAAGAUGCUAAUAUCUGGAAAAUUUUGAUGAAUCUUGUUGAUCCAAAUACUAGCUUCCAUCAAACUCAUGUAUACAGGGAUGAUUUGCUAAAGAUACUUGGUGAGAAACAUCGGCUCUAUGAAUUUAUGAAUACCUUCUAUGUAAAGUGCUCCUAUUUGCUUUUCAACAAGGAGCAUGUAAAAGCCAUUCUUUCAGAAAUCAUCACACUUAAAUCUGCAGAGAAUGAUCAGCGCAUACAAUCUUGCAUGAAUAUUUUAGUGAUAAUUGCUCGUUUCAGUCCAUAUCUUCUCAGUGGCAGUGAGGAGGAGCUUGUGAAUUUACUUAAGGAUAAUAACGAUAUGAUUAAAGAGGGUGUUUUGAAUGUUUUAGCAAAGGCUGGUGGUACUAUACGUGAACAACUCGCAGUUACAUCAAGUUCCGUAGACCUUAUGUUGGAGAGAGUAUGUUUAGAAGGCAGUCGGCGACAGGCCAAGUAUGCUGUGCAUGCUCUAGCUGCAAUAACAAAGGAUGACGGCCUCAAGUCUCUCUCUGUUCUAUACAAGAGGCUUGUAGAUAUGCUGGAGGAGAAAACACAUCUACCUGCCGUAUUGCAGUCUCUGGGGUGCAUAGCGCAGACUGCAAUGCCUGUAUUUGAAACUAGAGAGAGUGAAAUUGAAGAAUUUAUAAUAAACAAGAUCCUUAAAAGUGAUAGUAAAGAAGAUCACAAAAGAGCAUCUUGGGAGGAUAAAAGUGAUCUUUGUGUGUUGAAGAUAUAUGGCAUCAAAACCAUAGUGAAGAGCUACUUACCUGUCAAAGAUGCUCAUGUUCGUUCUGGUAUUGAUGGUCUUCUGGAUAUCCUGAGAAACAUGCUAUCUUAUGGUGAAAUAUCAAAGGACCUACAGUCAAGUUCAGUUGAUAAGGCCCAUUUGAGGCUUGCAUCUGCAAAGGCAGUUCUUCGUUUGUCAAGGCUCUGGGAUCAUAAGAUACCAGUUGAUAUUUUCCACUUAACUUUAAGGGCAUUAGAGAUUAGCUUCCCUCAAGCUAAGAAGGUUUUCUUAAGCAAAGUUCAUCAAUAUAUAAAAGAUUGCCUUUUGGAUGCCAAAUAUGCAUGUGCCUUCAUGGUCAACAUAUCUGGAUCCAAGCCAGAGGAGUUUGCAGAGGAUAAGCAGAACCUGGCUGACAUUAUUCACAUGCAUCACCAAGGAAGGGCACGGCAGCUUUCUGGACAAUCAGAUGCAAAUUCCUUUACGACUUUCCCUGAAUACAUUCUUCCGUACCUAGUUCAUGCACUUGCUAACAUAUCAUGUCCCAAUAUUGACGAGUGCAAGGAUGUUGAAGCUUAUGAUAAUAUAUACAGGAAGUUGCACUUGAUACUAUCAAUGCUAGUGCAAAAAGAUGAAGAUGUCAAGUCAGAAGUAACUACUAACAUAGAGAAGGAAAUUAUAUCUACCAUCACUUCUAUCUUUCAGAGUAUCAAGCACUCUGAAGAUAUGGUUGAUGCAUCAAAGUCGAAGAAUUCUUAUGCGAUAUGUGACCUUGGGUUAGCAAUCACCAGGCGACUAGUACCGAAGGAUGUUGAUUUGCAAGGAUUGUCUCGUUCAGUUUCUCUACCUCCAAUACUAUACAAAUUACGUGAGAAGGAAAAUGACAUCAUGGUAAGCGAAAUAAAAACCUGGUUAGCCGAUGAAAGUGUGUUGGCUCAUUUUGAAUCACCUGAAUCAGAAAUGGUUCCAUCUCAACUAGCUGAGGAUGAUGCUUUACAGGACAGUGAAAAAAACGGAAAGGAAAUGCCCCUGGGAAAAAUAAUAAAGAGCAUAAAAUCUCAGGGAACCAAGGGCAAAAAAGUGAAAAAGAACAAGUCUGUACCAGCUGAAACAAAAAUGGCUGAAAAUGAUAUUGAUAUCAUAAAUGUGGUCAGACAAAUUAAUUUGGAUAACUUGGGCAUAUCUACUAAUUUUGAAUCAAGUAAUGGUCAUGAAAACUCUUUAGGUAAGAAGGUUCAGAAGGAUCCAGAGUUUGCAACAACUAAAAAACGAAAAGCUGGAGAAGCAACACCUGUUCCAGUGCCUAAACGUAGGCGGUCUUCCAUUACCCAUAGAAAAUCAAGACCCAGUAGUACUUUUAAGGCUCCCCGAAGAGUUUCAGGGGAAGGAUCUUCUGGAGUGAAAUUACCGUUGGAUGCAGAAAUUAACCCUGAUACAGAUAGCAAAACUAUGCAGAGAAAAAUGGUCAAAGGCAGGGAGCCGUCAUUUGAACUAAAAGUUAGGGCCUCGGAGAGCUAUCAUGACGAUGUGUCCUACAAAUCUGAAGAGCAUGACAUGAAGAGUCCUGAUAAAUCAAAGCCAACUGAUAUGACUGAAAGUGACAAUUUCAAGUCGCCCAUAGGACAUACUAAAAAGCUGAAAAGAAAAAGUAUUGGAGGAUUGGCUAAGUGUACGACAAAGGAUGGUGAAAGUGAUGCUGAAGAUCUGAUUGGCUGCAGAAUUAAAGUUUGGUGGCCUAUGGAUAAGCAAUUUUAUGAAGGUACUGUUAAAUCUUAUGACCCAUUAAAGAGGAAGCAUGUGAUAUUAUAUAAUGACGGAGAUGUAGAAGUACUCCAUUUGGGAAAGGAGCGCUGGGAGCUUAUUGACAGGGAUCGCAAACCUACCAAGAAGCUAAAGCCAUCAAAACCUCUCUCUUCUGGUGAAGUGUCUACUGGGAAGAAACAGAGAAGUUCAAGUGGCUCAGCAAGUAAAAAGACAAAAAGAAUAGUUAAUGGUAAACAAUCUCCUAGCAAGCGUGUAAAACAUGGACAAAAAGGUGCAUCAAAAAGUAAUUUCCAUCAAGAGGAUGCCAAAGAGAGUUCUGAGUUAUCAAACCCUGAAGAUACUAUGAUAUCUAAAGCUGAGAUUAACUCAGGUGGUUCUGAAGGGGAGCAGGCUGAUAGGUCUAACGUAAUCAUAACCAAGGAGAAGAAAACUAACAAGAAAGUAAGAUCAGUUUUACGUGGAAAGAGACUUAAGAAAGAGAAGAGCUUGAAUUAUAGAAAAGAAUCGGAUAAAGAGAAGCAGGAUUAUGGUGAGAGACUUUCUGAAGACACUCUCAGUGUUCCACAAGGAGUUCAAAAUGGUGAUGAAGAAAGGAAUUCAAAAGAGAGAGACGUGGAAGAAUCUAGUGGAGCUUUGAGAGAAAAUGUUAAUGGAGAAGAAGAAUCAGUUUCCAGAGAGAUGGAAAAAUCGCUUAUUGAGCCGGCAAGUCCUGAUGGUGCCAGAAUUGCUGAGGUUUCUGAUGACGAACCACUGAGCAAAUGGAAACUUCCCUCAGGGAAGAAAAGCUCAGGGCAAAAACGGUGAGCAGUUUGGCUGCUGUAGCACGAGUCAUUUUCAGUAGCAGUCAGCAUUUAAUCUGUUUCAGUGCAAAUCCAAGUAUCAGUGUGAAUGAUGACUGCCAUUUAUUGACACACUAAUAGAUGUGCUUUGCAUGUAUUGUAGCCACCCUCUAGAUGUAAUUUAAACGCUGUCAUUCCCACGUUUAGAAAAAAAAAAAGUAAAAAAAAAGUGAUGUUGCUUUAGGGUUAUGUUCUGCUAAAUGACCUUUUAUUAGUUUAGGUGAUAGGUUUAACAUAUGAUUCAUGAGGAUGUCGUUCAUCCUACCAGCAUAAUUGAUAUUUUGACUGGGGCAACAUGUACAGCUAUACGUGGGGAUAAUUGUAUUUGUAUCUUUAUCUUAUGUUCAUGUUUCUGUAGUCUUAGCAUCCGUGAAAAAGAUGACCUUAUCGU